AUGACGAAGAAGGCAGCCUCGACACCUGCUUCCACCCCUGCCUUGAAGAAAUCCUCCUCCGCAGGUGGACAGAAGACUCUCUUGGGCUUCUUCCAGAAGACACCCUCAACUGUCUCGCCAUCCACGUUGCCUAGUCGGUCAGCAGUUGAGACGCCUGUUCCAUUGAAGCCUCGCAACAAAUCGGCCGGGACGUCAUCAAGUUCUUUGACCCCUGUUCCCAGCAGUGACGCAUUGGAACCUGAGGAUGAGGACAUUGUUCCAAAGGCGAGUCUGCCUCCUUCCAAAAGUCUGCCAUCGCCAGUCUCAGCUGACGAUGAGCAGACUAAUGGCAGAGAGGAAUUGACUGCCCACGGUACACCAUCACGACGGGCUAAAAACAAGAAAAUCAACUAUCUCGAGUCCGACAGCGAAGGUACCGACGGUGACGAUGUGUUCAAACCUACCGCUCGGCGCCGGUCUCGCCCUACGAAACGCAGACGAGUCUCCGAUAGUGCGGAUGAGGACGUCUACGAGCAGGAGAACGAGGCGGAGGCGGAAGAUGAAAUGGAUGAUUUCAUUGUCCCGGACGACUCUGAAGAGGAAGUACGUCGCCGGCCUGCUAAGCGCAAGCUGGCGUCCAAAAGCACUUCACGGACCGCGUCGUCUCAUUUCACCCCUGCACCAGAUAGAGUUGUCGUCCGUGCCGACGAUCUGGAGGUUCCUGAGGACACUUCAACUGCUCAGCAGUGGACGUACGAUCCCGAAAAUCCCCAGCCUUUGCAACCACGACCUACCAACAUUCCGCCCAAGCAGCCAAGUGGAAAGAAACAGAAAGCCCACAUGACCGAACCGGAGAAACGCCAUGCGUGGCUUGAGGAUAUCAGAGAUAUGGACCGCAAUCCACCCGGCCAUCCUGAUUACGACCCACGCACCUUGUAUAUCCCACCCAUGGCCUGGAAGGGCUUCUCUCCGUUCGAGAAGCAGUAUUGGGAAAUCAAGCAGAAGUACUGGGACACGAUCGUAUUCUUCAAGAAAGGGAAAUUCUAUGAACUCUACGAGAACGACGCCACUAUUGGCCAUCAAUUGUUCGAUCUGAAGUUGACCGACCGUGUGAAUAUGAGAAUGGUAGGCGUUCCAGAGUCGAGUCUGGAACUCUGGGCAAACCAAUUCGUCGCAAAAGGGUUCAAGAUUGCUCGAGUUGACCAGCAAGAGACUGCUCUGGGUAAAGACAUGCGUGAGCGGGACGAAAAAUCCAAUGGUUUUGCCAGCAAGAAGAGCAAAGAAGACAAAGUCAUCAAGAGAGAACUGGCCUGUGUACUCACUGCGGGCACAUUGGUCGACGGUACAAUGCUGCAGGACGACAUGUCGACCUAUUGCGUAGCAAUCAAGGAAUCCGAGGUCGAGGACCUGCCCGCGUUUGGUGUCGCCUUCGUCGACACUGCUACUGGUCAAUUCCACGUAUCAGAGUUCGUUGACGAUGCAGACCUGACCAAAUUUGAGACUUUCAUUGCUCAGACAAGACCGCAAGAGCUUUUGUUGGAAAAGGGCGGCGUGACGACGAAGACGUUGCGUAUACUCAAGAACAACACCAGUCCGACGACUAUCUGGAACUACUUGAAACCUGGCAAAGAAUUCUGGGAAGGCCACAUCACUGCCAAAGAGCUCGAAGCAGAGAACUACUUUCCCAACGAGUGGCCGGAAGUCCUGCAACAGGCGAAAGAAAAGGAUCUUCUCAUGUCCGCUCUCGGUGCUUUGAUCCAGUAUCUAAGAUCCUUGAAGAUCGAGCGGGAUCUCGUGACAAUGGGUAACUUCACUUGGUACGACCCCAUCCGGAAAGCGACGAGCCUGGUCCUUGAUGGCCAGACUUUGAUCAACCUGGAAAUCUUCGCCAAUUCCUACGAUGGGGGAAGUGAAGGCACGCUCUUCCAGCUCCUCAACCGCUGCAUUACGCCGUUCGGCAAACGCUUGUUCAAGCAAUGGGUGUGCCAUCCACUCAUGGACACGAAAAAGAUCAACGCACGACUGGACGCUGUCGAUUCGCUCAACGCCGAUGCCAAAGUCCGGGACCGUUUCACUUCGCAAAUGACAAAGAUGCCGGAUCUUGAGAGAUUGAUAUCUCGUGUCCACGCUGGGACCUGCAAAGUUCAGGAUUUCGUCAGAGUUCUCGAAGGGUUCGAGCAGAUCGACCACACCAUAUCCCUAUUGCGAGAUGGGAACGGUCAAACGGCGGACGGUGACGGGGUUAUUGGCCAACUCAUCUCCGCCAUGCCAGAUCUCGAGGGGCGUCUCAAGUAUUGGCACAAUGCCUUUGACCGUACCAAGGCUAAGGAAUCAGGGGUUUUGGUACCCGAAGAGGGAAUCGAACAAGAUUUCGACACAUCGCAGGACAUUAUCAAUACCAUCAACGGGAAGUUUGAUGGACUUCUCCAGAAAUGGCGCAAAGAGCUCAAAUCUAACGCCAUCUGCUACCGCGACAACGGCAAGGAAAUAAUGCAAAUGGAAGUGCCCACCCGCAUCAAGGUGCCCGCUUCCUGGGACCAAAUGUCCGCCACCGUGAGCGUCAAGCGAUACUACUUUCCUGAACUACGGAACCUUGUGCGGAACCUGCAAGAAGCGCAAGAGACACACUCACAGAUCGUCAAGGACGUCGCCCGCAAACUCUACGCCAAAUUCGACGAAAAUUACGAUAUAUGGCUUGCGGCGGUCAAGAUUAUCGCGCAACUAGACUGUUUGAUCUCCCUCGCGAAGGCGAGCACGUCUCUGGGACACCCGAGCUGCCGCCCUGAAUUCGUCGACCCAACGGACUCCAAUACUGCUGGCCGGUCGACCUUGGAACUCGUGGAUCUACGCCAUCCCUGCCUGUUGACCAAAGUCGACGACUUCAUUCCCAACGACAUUGUUUUGGGAGGAGAGUCCCCAAAUCUCACUCUCUUGACAGGCGCGAAUGCAGCAGGAAAAUCCACGGUUCUUCGAAUGACCUGUGUCGCGGUCAUCAUGGCUCAGAUCGGCUGCUACCUCCCCUGUGCGUCGGCUCGGCUCACUCCCUUCGACCGAAUCAUGUCGCGCUUAGGAGCUCAGGAUCACAUUUUUGCCGCACAGUCAACGUUCUUUGUCGAAUUGGCCGAGACGAAGAAGAUUCUUAGCGAGGCGACACCACACAGCCUUGUCAUCCUUGACGAGUUGGGACGAGGAACUUCUUCACACGAUGGCGUGGCCGUCGCACAGGCGGUGCUGCAUCACUUGGCCACACACGUUGGCUGCUUGGGGUUCUUUGCCACACAUUACCACUCGCUGUCUUCGGAGUUUGCCCAUCACCCAGAAAUAGCGCCAAAGAGGAUGAAGAUCCUUGUGGAUGAUGCGGACAGACGUGUCACGUUUCUUUACAAGCUGGAGGAGGGCACCGCCGAGGGAUCUUUCGGUAUGCAUUGCGCCAGCAUGUGUGGCAUCUCGAACCAAGUCAUUGAACGGGCGGAGGAAGCCGCGAAGGAAUGGGAGAUUUCCAACCUCAUGGCCCGAAAGCAGAGGGUGAAGAGCGUUCGCGAUGGCCAAACUCCGGCCAAGGGGACGACUGAGAAGGACCAAGAGAAAGAAGUACCUUUGGGGAUUCUGAGUGAUCUUGCGUGGAUUCUGAAGGGAAAGGAGGUGGAAGAUCGAGGACUUGACGUGCUGGUCAAGUGCAUUGAGGCUUUGUGA